CGCCGCUGGAGCGGGCGAGUUGGGAGUUUGGAGAGAGCAGUAACUGCAGGGCAGGUCCCACGUCACACAAACACUGCGGUACGAGCAGCGGCAUUCCGGGGGCUCAGGACUCAAUUCAGCAUAGGAGAUUUAGAUAUUGAAGUGAUAAAAGGAGAUUCAAGGACAGGUCAGUAGGUGAUGGUCACCAGCGACUUGGGAAGUCGCAUAGCGCAGAGUUGCAGCUGUUAUGGUUCACGGGGACCUGUAUGAUUGCGCCGUGUUGUGACUUUACAAGAAUUGUUCUGCGACUUCUCUACAAUGAUCAGAGCCGGCAAUUUUGCUUUUUUCAUAGAUAAUCCCUGCAUCCAGGAUCCCGUAUUAGUGAUAAAGGCGCUGCUAUAAAUUACUAAUUUGCCCCGUGGAAUGCGAUUUUGUACUCCAGAAUAAGGACUGUGUCGCAGCAGGACGGUGUUAUUGCAGCUGAUGAUGUCGCUGGCUGCAUUGCUGUAGAAAUCAGUAGUCUGUCGGAGUGAUUGCCCUGAUGCCCAGUGCCAGGCUGUUUGUCUUUUCUGCAUUGCUAAAUAUGAAGUGGCUUUAUACAGUCUGCGUCUGCGUCCUCCUGGCAGAACCUGGGGCAUCUGGAAUAGAAAAUGUAAUUACGUCAAGUGAAAUACAUGUACCUUCUGUCACCUUGCCUGCAUCAGUUGAAGAAGCCACUACUCCGGAGACACUUGGCGCUCCUAAUGCCAGCACCCCUUACACAGAAGGUGGAAGUGUCCCAGUCGCACUGCCAACUCGCUCUUCUGCUCGCUUUAUGUUUAUACCAACAGUGCGGAAUAUUGCUGUUUCAGAGCAUAAAGAUGUCAAGUUCAAUUGCUCCAUUGUGGUCCCAAAUACAGAUAAUGGGGACCAGAUCACCUGGUGGAAGGAUGGGAAGCUACUACCUUCAUCUGAUCGCAUUUCCAUCCAGUCUUUUGAAAUCCCUGAUCUGACUGUAACAUCUAUGUCAUCCUCCUGCAGUAUUGCAGGCGUUCAGAGGUUGGACAAUGGGACAUACAACUGUAAACUGACAGUAGAGGGGGAAGAAGUUGUUUCAGAGCCUAUCUACAUCCAAGUGGAAGGUCUGCCAUAUUUCAUUCAGCAACCUGAGAGAUUAAAUGUCACCAAGAACAUGCCAUUUAAUCUUACCUGUGAAGCAGUGGGACCCCCAGAACCUGUAGAGAUUUACUGGAUCCAGAAUAGUACAAAAAUCAAUACAAUUCCAGAAGUUUCACCAGCAGUUUUUACUGUAUCGGGUCUGGAAGAACCUGCAAUAUUCAGCUGUGAAGCACACAACAAGAAAGGCCUGACUGUGUCCAAUGAUGUAAGGAUCAAUAUAAAAGGUAUCCCAUCGCCACCAAUUAAGGUCGAUGUUAUAAAUAGAACGGCACAUGGUAUUUUAAUAUCCUGGAUUCCUGGAUUUGAUGGUUAUUCUCCACUGAGUGUCUGCAUUAUAAAGAUGAAGGAAAUGCUACAAAGCAAUGCUAGCAACACAAGGUACUUUAACACCCCAGUGCCUCCCUAUGAAUAUCAGAUUGGUGGAUUAAAGGCAUCUUCCAAAUAUAACUUUAGCAUCUCCUGUAAGAAUGAAGUGGGCUGGUCUUCUUCAAGCUUGUGGAUUGUUAAUAGUACAACAGAAGGGCCUCCAUCGGCUGCUCCCCAGAAUUUAACAGUGGGAGUAAAUAACUCCCAUUCCGUUCUUGAAGUGUCGUGGGUCAGUCCUCCAGUUGCGGAGAUGAACGGACAACUCCUGGGUUAUACAAUAAUACACAAAUGGAAAGUGUAUGGACGUAAAGAAGAUGAAUAUUCUGUGUACUCCAAUUCUACUGCUGCAUUUCUUCCCAUCAAAGCCACCAAUGCAACCUGCACUGUAACUGUUGCAGCUCGUACAAAUGGAGGCGUUGGGCCCUACAGUCUGCCAGUGCAACUUCUCAUCCCAGGAGAUGGUUCAGUAACUUCAGCCACUUCUUCUACUCCAGCUCCAGGAAAUGUCAGUCCUUAUGUGAUUUUGCUUGGCUUCAUCUGCAGCCUAAUGAUUCUCUUGCUGCUCAUAUAUGGAGUGGUCAUGUGUCUUAGAAGGAAGAAGGAAACAGAAUUUGGGCAUGCUUUUAUCCACUCAGAAGAUUCUGACAUUGUAGUAAACUUCAAAGCUAAAAAGUCCUAUAAUAGGAGAGCAAUUGAAAUCACACUGAGUACUUUAGGUAUCAAUCAGGAUCUGCAACAGAAACUGGAAGACGUCAUGGUUGAAAGGAACCUGUUAAACCUUGGGAAGGUGUUGGGUGAAGGUGAAUUUGGAUCAGUGAUGGAGGGGGAGCUCCAGUAUUCUGAUGGAACCAAUCACAAAGUAGCUGUGAAAACUAUGAAGAUGGAUAAUUUUUCUCAGAGGGAAAUAGAGGAAUUCUUAAGCGAAGCGGCCUGCAUGAAAGACUUCAAUCACCCAAACGUCAUUAGAUUGCUAGGUGUUUGUUUAGAAGUUGGACCUCGGCGAAUCCCAAAGCCUAUGGUGAUUUUACCAUUUAUGAAGUAUGGAGAUCUGCACAGUUUUCUGCUGUCAUCCAGAAUUGGUUCUGGCCCUCAGCAUGUUCCCUUGAGGACCCUAGUAAAGUUUAUGAUUGACAUUGCUACGGGCAUGGAGUAUCUCAGCAGCAGAAACUUCCUACACAGAGAUUUAGCUGCUCGAAACUGCAUGUUACGAGACGACAUGACUGUUUGUGUAGCUGAUUUUGGUCUAUCUAAGAAAAUCUACAGCGGAGACUAUUAUCGUCAGGGACGUAUCGCUAAGAUGCCAGUGAAAUGGAUUGCAGUGGAGAGCCUCGCUGAUCGCAUCUAUACAGUCAAAAGUGAUGUGUGGGCUUUUGGCGUCACAAUGUGGGAAAUAUCAACCAGAGGAAUGACUCCUUAUCCUGGGGUACAGAACCAUGAAAUAUAUGACUAUUUGCUUGUGGGACACAGGUUGAAGCAGCCCCCAGAGUGUUUGGAUGAUCUUUACACAGUGAUGUACCAGUGCUGGUUAUCCGACCCUACUUGCCGCCCCUCUUUCACAGCACUAAGAGAGAACCUGGAGAAGAUCGUUGAGGGCUUGCCUCCUGCAACGGACAAAGAAGUUCUUUAUAUUAACACAAGCUUACCUGAGGAGAGUGAGCAUCUCACUCAAGAUCCAGAAGUGAAUGAAAUAAAUGUGGAUCCAAGCUAUGUUCAGAUCAGUCCCUCAAAUUCUGAAACCACCACAGUUACAGUGGAGGUGCAUGAAAAUCAUUGCAGUGAAGAAAGAUAUAUUUUGGAAGGUUUAGGUGAAGAGCAUGAUGGAGAUUUUGAGCAAUCAAGCACCCCCCUUUUGCAGGACAAUAAUGCACGUAGCAGAGCUCCUUGGUGUGAAAACAAUACUUUUCUAGCCUGCAGCGCAAAGACUGAUGACAAUCAGUAUACAGAUGACUCUGCUGAAGAUACAGAAAUCAUGGUAUAGCAGGCAGAAACUCUCUUGGGCAUUAACCAUCCUGUUGUCUUUCUCCUUGACACUUGUCUGAGUGUAAUAUCCUGAACUAAGCCUGCUUGGCUAAAUAUUUUUCAGUAUUUUUUAUCUUGGAAAAAGAAAUGUUGUUACAUAAAGUCUGUAAUGUAUGAGUAUUGUAUAUAAAUAAAUGAAUAUAUAGAUUUUUAUUGAAACCACAAAGUUGUAUAUAUAUUAGUGAAAUGUUAAAGUGAGACUGUAUCCCUUGAAAUGUGCCUUAGGCUACCAGAUACAUGCAUGUCUUUUUAUAUUUUUAGAAAUAGCAAAGAUGUACUGUCUUAUUAGAACAGACCCCUACCUUUUACUGCACUCUAAAUGUAACUCCCAUGAAAUACAAAUUCUAUGAUAGAAAGGUUGAAAAAAAAAAAAA